AAAUUUACACGUGACGUUUGGCAUGUAGAAGGCCCUCGGAGGGGGAGAACUUCCAAAUAUCACGUGACUAACAUGCCCUCCGGCGCCCUGUUUUCACCGGCGUCCUUGAAAACAUGACAAACAAAUUUCUUAUACUUUUUAAGUUGACAGGCCUGUCCGCUUUCUUUAUUUUCUGUUAUAUAAUUUAUCCUUGUAAUUGUGAUAGUAAAAAAGUAGUGAAUUGAGUAGCAUCACAUACAUAGAAAAUAAUCGCAUAGCACAUCACGAAUUGACCUGAAGUAUUGAAAGGGGUUAUCAACAUCAACAUGGUGUUUGAUGUCAAAAGACUAGAUGUGUACCGGAAGGUGCCCAAGGACCUGACACAGCCAACUGUGACUGGGGCUGUCAUCUCCAUCUGCUGCUGCUCAUUCAUGUGCCUGAUGCUGUUCUCGGAACUGUACAACUUCAUCUCACCUGACAUUGUAUCAGACCUGUUUGUGGACAACCCUGGCAACCUGUCUGGCACCAUCAACGUUCACUUGAAGAUCUCCCUACCUCGCCUCAAGUGUGAAUAUGUGGGUCUGGACAUUCAGGAUGACCAGGGUCGCCACGAGGUAGGCAUGGUGCAGAACACAGAGAAGGCGCCCAUCGUCGACGGAAAGGGCUGCUUGUUCAGCGCCGAUUUCCACAUCAACAAGGUGCCAGGAAACUUCCACGUGUCGACUCACUCGGCGGUGCGCCAGCCGGCCAGUGGAGCCGACUUCGCACACGUCCUGCACGAGCUGCGCUUCGGCGAGCCGCUGCCGCCGGCGGCGGCGGCAGCUCUGAGGGACGCCAGCUUCGGUCCGCUGGACGGCCACCGGGCGCUGGAGCACCCUGCGGCCUCUGCACACGAGAACCUGUUGAAGGUGGUGCCGACCGUAUUCGUGGACCUGUCGGGCCGCGAGGUGGUCAGCUACCAGUACACCUACGUCUCAAGGGUGCGGCAGCAGCUCGGUCGGUCGCCGGCCAUUUGGUUCAAGUACGAGCUGAACCCGAUCACAGUGCGCUACCACGAGCGGCGGCCCCCGCUCUACACGUUCAUCACGUCGGUAUGCGCCAUCGUGGGAGGCACGUUCACAGUGGCCGGCAUCAUCGACUCCGUCAUCUUCACCGCCUCAGAGGCCUUUAAGAAGUUCGAGCUCGGCAAACUGUCCUAACCUCCAUGUCAGGUCGGUCGGACUUGAAAACGCUGGGAUGGGGUGGGUUUCGAACCCAACCGCCCGGCCGGCGGUACGCCGAUAACAUAAGUUUUGGUAGUGAUUUGACGAUCUAGAAUCUAGAUAGUGAAGCAUUCCAAAAAGGCGUGAAGAAUUUAGCCAGUGUUGAAUUUACAUCAGUCUAGGAGGGUGAUACUGUUUGCCGGAUGGUGUGUGAUGUGUGUUGAGAUGGUUUUGGUGAACUGGUGACGGGUAAAUUGUGAAACGUAGCUUGUAUUCGGGUUAUGUUUUUGCAGCAGCGCAUCUUAUCGCCUAGCGAAGCAGUUUUGCACAAAAGCCUGGGUUCGCUAAUCGCUUACAUCCAUGCCUGUGAGGCUAUGUAAGUAAAGUGAUCUUGCUGCGACUUGUCUGACGAUUGGCUUGCAGGACCGGAACUCUUGGGGCCUGCAUUUAUUGGUUAUGUUUGUUACUGCUCUGCAUAAUUGAUCCCCAUUGUUACCGUUUUGUCUUCCCGGGUAGAGUAGAGAUGCUCUGGUCUCGCUGGAGAGCGCUGUACCUGGGCUACUGCAGGGAAGCAUUCCAGGGUCGUUAUUUUACGCUACGUGCAAUAGCGUGCCGUGUUAGCUAGUGUACCUCGGGACUAGCUUCUACUAACCGUUGGUUGGUUUGAAUGCUGAGAUUUUUUUACUCUUUUGGUUGCAGCUAGGUGGUGACUGGUCGUGUGAACUCGACUGGGGAUAGGUAGAUACGAUACUAGCUGCUCGCCGGUACUUAUUUCCAGGUGUAGUGAAGCAGGGUGCUUGGUAUUUGUUUGACACUGCCCGUUGUCUAGGACUCUGGUUGAGGCUUUUAGUGGAACGGUGGGGUCGUGGGGAUAAUUACAGCAUGUCACUGCCGAGUGGGUUAUUUACAACUGGCAUUGUGAUCUUGAUAACAUCGUGUGCCCUGCCUGUAAUUCCAAUGUGAUGCUUGUUACGGUUUCAGAAUGUGAAAUAUAUUUUACAUGACGCGGUUA